AUGCGAACCAACUUAAACAUCCGCUGCGUGCACCAUCGCGAUCAUCACAAGUUUGCUUUUGGGAAAGAUGCUGAGCGUGUUUUCCAGGACCAAGGUGCAAAGGGUUGCCUGCUUCUGUUUCGGGCAGGUAUCAGAGCUAGCACGUCACAAUCAAGACAUUCGCAGUACUCGACGAAUGAACUGGGUCGAGCGGUUAGAUCAGUUGUCCAGUAG